CUCGAGCUCACAGUCAGCUGCCGCUAAAACUGAAAUCAUGAAAUCACGCUGAUUUAAAUCCCCGCGGAUACAAUCACUCUCCUCACAAUCAUGAAGAAAGGAUCGCUCAAUUUCCUGGGUCGGAAGAAUCAGUCUCUAUUCGGCACCAAUGUGGAGUUCAAGGACAUGGAUCAAGUGGAGCUGGUGUUGGACUCAGCUGCCAUCCCCGAGUCUGGAACCGCUAAAGUGCGCUCACGUCCUACUGUCAAACACUUCACGUCGUCUGAGAGUGUGCAAGGCUUUGCAGUUCCAACACCCAAGGUACCAGUUCUUCCGCCAUUUAACGAGCCCAAGAUAAAUGGUACAGGAAGUACUACAAACCUCCCAAAUGGAAGGAUGCUUUCCGUCCCUGACCUCCUCCAGGGGGAAAUAUUUAUACCGCCUCCACCUGGCUCCGCCCCUCCACCCCCUCCUUCUUUUUCAGCCCCGCCACCUCCAUCAUUCAUCCCUCCCUCACCACAGUUCUCUGGCAAAAUGGACCCUUCUAUAGACCGUGCAAGCCUGCAUCCCCCUCCAAUGGCACCCCCAAAACCGCCAUCACUAACCAGUUCCGAUUACAGUGCAGAUUUAGACUUGGCCUCCCUCAAACCUCCUCCAAUGCCUCCUCCAAAACCUCCAUCGGAAACAACCAGCUUCAGGGGUUCUCUCUCUAGUCUUGAUGUUCAAGAUAUCCCAGAUUGCCCCAAGUUCACCCCACCUCCACCCCCGGUGAAAGCAUCACCUGUUCUUUCAAAAGCUCAGAAAACAGCACCUCCAAAACCCAUCCGAAUGUCCUCCAUACCAAAUCUGGACAUCGUGUCCCAAGCUCCUGUGCCAUCUGUUGCUUCAAACACAACACCAUCUAGCUUCAACCCCCAGAACACAGCCAAACUCUACAGCGUGCAGAAGAGCACACUACUUGGCGGGCAGACAGAAAGGGAAAAAAAGGCCCAGUCCAUCCUGCUGCUGGAAGAUUCUGCUGGAAACACGGUUGGUGUAGUCAAUGGGAAUAGUGGGAAAAAUCCUGGAUCGUUCCAAUCUGAGGUGCCACCAACCAAACCAGCCCGCAGGAACAGCUCCGCCUCUCAUCUACAGGAUGACGAGCCAGACAUGGCACAAGCACCAAGUGAACCAGCCAAGGUAGAGCCCAAAAUAAAUCCUGAGCCUGUACUGACACAGAACAUCCCCACUGAGGUACCAGCACCAAUCAAAGUCUCGCCCAAAAUAGAGAAAAGGAUACCUGAUGUUAGGCAGGUGGUGACACCAGUUGCAUCCCCUGGCAGGCCUCGCAAGUACAGCCCUAUCUUGAACCACCGACAUCUCAACACACGGGGCGCAGAUGGUUCAGUAAAGAAAGAGACCUCAACUUCACCUUUGGCUUUGCUGAUGGCUGCAAAGGAAAGAGAUAAGCAGAGAACUGCUCUGUCCCAACAGAACAGUAACUCAACAGAGCCAGUCAGUUCUGUGAUCCAACCUAGUGAAGAAAAACCAAACUCCUUCACCGUCAUUCCUCGAAACUCAACACCAGACAGUCCCAAUGCACAAUUAAAGUCCACCACAAACACGCAACCACUCACCUCGCUAUCAACCAAAGUCGACGUUCCAGAUAUAUCCCACUCAAAGCCAGAGCUAAGCUCAACCCCUCUACGAAGCCCAAUGAAUAGCUCGGUUAGUGGACUGGGUGUCCCUGUUAGAGGUGUGGAAAUUGGAGAAUUCAUUCCACCGCCUCCUGAAUUUGCCAACUCGGACUCUGAGGAGGAACCUCCAGUUCCCCCACCAAGUCACCCCGCUCCUGCUCCGCCUGUGAAAAGUGCCCCUCCAUCUGCUAAAACCUUCUUACCUUCUACACCUGCUACAUUCAUCAACUGCCCCCCUCCAAGUCACCCGGCUCCUGCUACCCCUGUAAAACCUGCCCCUAAACCUUCUAAACCCUUAUCUACUCCCAUCAUAAAUGGUCCCACGCCAAGCCAUACUUCUUUUGCUUUUCCACCUGCCAAACCCUCCCUACCUCCGACCCCACCUCCUGUCACCAAUGGGCCCCUCACUUCACCCAAGCCUAAACCACCCAGCUCUCCUCCCAAGGCCCCAGGACCUCCCCCAAAUAUCCAGCCCCAAUCCAAACCACCUUUUCAAAUGAAACCCACUCAACCCCCUGCACAAGUGCCUCCAUCUGUCUCCGCUAGCCAAGCGACACUUCUCAGUAUCCUGCAAAAGAAGAUGCUAGAGAUGGACCCCAAGUUCUCGGCUGUCAAAGAGGUGGAGAACUAUGGAGAUGACUGGAACUCUCCACUGUCUGAUGAUGAGGCCACGUCGCCCCCUGCCACAUACAAUCCUAUGACAAACCGCAGUGCCACCCUGCCGACGCAAACUCGUGGAGUGGACAUGAAGGAGCUGGAAAGCAAAGCAGCCAAAAAAGCUCAAAAUUUGGCCACUUCAGCUAAAUCCCAGAACAGUAACGGACAAUCAACCAAACAGCAGUUUGGAACGUCAUUCACUGUAAGACCAGGAACCAAACAACCAAUAACACCCGUUAUCAAAGACGGUUCGUCCUGAUCCAGAGAACAUUCCUGAAAGGAAUUAUUCCAGAGACGUGCCUUACCUGUACAUAUGCACCUACCUGACAGACAUUUAAUGUUUUGCACCCGGUCUGGAGCUUUAUUACUGCUGUUGCUGAAGUAUUACUCUAUUAACUUUCACCCUGGAUGUUUCUUCAGCUGUCAGUAUAUUCAGGUUUUGCCGAACUCUUAUGACCACAGCUUCAUCACAGACUUUCUAGAGCUGCUAAGAUUGAUCAAUGGAGCAACUGUGCCUGUAUAUGUUUCAUAAUCUACACGGAAACUCAUUUUAAUGUCAAACCUUUUCAUUUAAUUCAGUUGUUUAAUCCAGUUUCUAAUCAGUUGUUUAAUCAGGUUAGAAAUUAAUAACACCAGUUCUUAAUUGUAACUUCUGCAUACUAUUUUUGAAUGUUUUUAAUCAUUAAUGUACAAUAUUAAUCUAUAGCUCUCGAUAUGAGGGCUUCUUUCAGUGGUGCUGGAUUUUUUCCAGGUCAAAACAUGAUGUAUUUUUAUGAACUUAAAAAAAGUAUACAAUAAGCCUUCAAAUUUGAUCAAAACGCUGUUAUAAAUGGUUGCAAAGCCUUGAACACAUUACUGGUGGUUCUUAUUUAGGAAGAAAAAUGCUUUUGCUGCUUUGCAUAGUUAUUAUUUUAAUCUUAAGAAAGAUUCAAAGAAGAAAUAAUGCAAACUUUGUUUUUGCAUGAAUGUACUGGUUAAAAGUGCCUCUGAAGAAAUAAGCUAGCAUCUGCUACAAACACGUUUUUAUGGAAAUCUCACACAUCUCCACAGGUUUAAUUGUGUGAUAUACGUCAGAGACAAAUGCAAUAGGUCAAUAAUUGUGCUUUAAUAAUCUGUAAAUGUAUUUGUAGGACAAUUGUUGUUUUGGAUAUUUAACCCUUUGUUACCCCUAAAGAAAGAAUAUAACCACAAUACAGUGUAAUAAAAAUAUGCGAGAGCAUAAAUAUACAGAUGACAGAAACUUUAUUAAACAGUGAAACUUGUGAAA